CGCUCUUCAUUUACGCCAUAACAACUAUCACAACUAACCAUUUUCUCUGUCUGAAUCCUGAUCGUCAACUUGCCCGCUUGCGUCUUUCUCUUUCCCUCUUUCUCUUUAUCCAUCUCUGUGCAAUAAAGCUGCCAAGGCCCAGGUUCGUCUUCUCCAUCCGUCCUCUAGGAAUUCAUUUAUUUUGCCUUAAUUCUCUCAUUUCUGGUGUAUUAUUGCUUACAUAUAUAGACAUACGUGUGUGUAUAUAUGUGCAGUCAUAUACCAUGUUACCAGUAUUUGUUUAUUUCUCGACCUAAACUUGCACAAUCCUAUCUCGUUAUGUUUCCAAUUUCAACCACUCUGCGAAGUUAGGAACAAAUAAGAACAAAUCCCUAGAUUUCUCGAUCCUUGAAACCACUAUUCUGUCUCUAUCUCGUAUCUGCGUCCACUCUUUUUCUAUAACUGGAUUUGUAAUUUCCAUAUUUUGGUACUUCGAGUUAGGAGAGGGGUUCUGGUUUUUGUGGCAGUAGGCCUAGGGUUCGUUUGUUGUAGUUUCUCUAUGGAUCUUCAAUUGGUUAACAACGCAUUGAACUUCUCGCGGAGGAGGAAGAGAUGGCUUAUUAUUUUAGCUGCUCUUGGUGUAUCCGGUUAUGGUGUUUAUAAGGUCUAUCAUUUGCCUACCAUUGUGAAGAAACGAAGGAGGUUGAUGAAGCUGUUGGGAGCCAUGGUUUCUGUGGCUGAAUUGGUUUCUGAUUCGGCAGAGAUGAUUAGCGUUGUGUCCAAAGAUUUGAAGGAGUUUUUGAAGUCGGAAUCAAAUGAAAUUCCAAAUAGUCUGAAGCAAAUCUCAAAGAUUGCGAGGUCAGAGGAGUUCUCUGGGUCUUUGGUUAGGGUUACAGAGGCUUUAACUGUGGGGAUUCUGCGGGGAUAUAAGUUGGAAUCAAGAAAUGGGAGUGAUUUGGGAAGUGCGACUGUAAAUUCGAGUUUUGCUGAUAGGGCAAUGGAGAGGGUUUUCUCAUCAGCUGGAACUGGUUUUGUUUCAGUUGUGGUGGGUAGCUUCGCCAGGAAUUUAGUGUUGGGUUUCUACUCACAGGGCGGAUCAGCUGAAGGAUUGGGGAUCGACCAUCAGGCAAGUGUAUCUCAAUGUGGUUCAAGUUCACCAGAUAUCCCCAGAUGGGUAAAGGUGGUUUGCAAUGACAAAUGUAAGGAGCUCAUGGCAGAUUGCAUACAAAAGUUUGUCAGCACAGCUGUUGCAGUUUACCUUGACAAGACAAUGGAUAUCAAUACAUAUGAUGAAAUUUUUGCCGGAUUGACCAAUCCAAGGCAUCAAAACAAUGUGAGGGAUAUUCUUGUUUCUGUCUGUAAUGGAGCUGUGGAAACACUUGUAAAGACAUCGCACCAGGUCUUGACAAAUUCAAAUUCAAGUUCUAGCUCAAGUUCAAAUUCUUCAUGUUCAAUUGUUGAGGAGGGGGAAGGUGCAAGUGCCAUGGGAGGUAAUUGUUUUAAGAAAAACGAAUCAUUUCAACAUCUGAAAGAUGGAGGUUCAUUUGGUAGCACUCAAAAUGGCGGGUGGGUUAGCGUGGUCUCAUCUACAUUGGCAGUGCCCAGUAAUAGGAAGUUUGUGUUUGAUGUGACCGGGAGGGUGACAUUUGAAACAAUAAGGUCUCUUGUGGAAUUCUUGUUGUGGAAGUUAUCAGAAGGUAUGAAGAGAAGUUUUAAUGUUGUGCAUGACGAGGUUGUAGACAGGGGAAUGCAAGUUAUUAGAUAUGUUGGAGCAAAGUCUUCCGUUAUUGUUACCAUAUGUCUUGCUUUAUACUUGCACGUUCUUGGUGGUACUAGGGUUCUAUUGGCUGCAUAAAUUGGUUACCCAUCUCUUCACCAUGCUAUUCAUGUCAGGGUAAAACAAAGAAAUCUUACUGGUGAUUCUUCUUUUGGAAGAUACUCUAUGUGUAUAUCUUUCUCUUAAUUCACACGUGAAACUGAGGUCCUAUACUUCAUUAGAAUAGUUGUUUUUAGCUUUAUGACAUUCCUAGCUUCCUCCAAUUUUGUUUGAGCUGGAGCUUGAUAUGUAACUUUUCCUUUUAUGUAGUAUUGAGCUUACCUAGGAAACAAAGAAAGAAUCCUUUUCAUGCCACCA